AAUUUCUUUUAAUAUUCUCUCACAAAUAUUAAAAACACUAUAUAAACUGAAGCCCUUAAACCCUAGUUCCAAUUUUUUUUUUCAAGAUUUCUCAAACACCAACUGUUUUUCCUCUUUCACCGAUCUCUGCCGCCUCAAGGAAAUUUCCGUAUCAAUGGCCAACCCGACAAACAACAGUGAACCCCCUAAUGUGGAUUCACAGACGAACAACAAGCGUCGGAGGAAGAAAUCCAUAGUUUGGGAACACUUCACAAUCGAAACAAUCGACGCUGGAUGUACAAGAGCCCGUUGCAUGCAAUGCAAGAAAUCAUUUGCGUAUAUUUCGGGAUCAAAGUUAGCCGGCACAAGUCACCUCAAAAGACAUAUUGCAUUGGGAAUCUGCCCCGUAAGUCGAAAUCACGAGAAAAGCGGUCAAAUCGUACCGUUCACUCCUCUUCCGAUUAAAGUCUCUCAAGAUGUUAACGCUGUACCACGAAAGCGCGUUAAAAGUAGCACCUCCGGAUCAACAAGUUUUUCGUUUUAUCAAGAUUGUCGAAGACAGGAUAUCGCAAAGAUGGUUAUUAUGCACGAAUACCCGCUUACGAUAACGGAAUGUCCCGCUUUUUUAAACUGUGUAAAAUCGCUUCAACCCGAAUUUCCCAUUUUGUCUGUUGAAGCCGUUGAACGGGAUUGCGUGGGAUUAUACAGACGGGAACGACAGACGCUUUUGAAUCUUGUUAGUAGUAUACGGGGUCAGGUUAAUCUUUCUCUCGAUAUGUGGGCCACCGAUCAAAGCGUAGGGUACGUAAUCAUAACAGGUCAGUUUAUCGACGAUGAUUGGAAACUGCAUCGAAUGGUUCUUUCGGUUAUUUUGUUACCGUUUCCCGAUUCGGAAACUGCGUUUAAUCAUGCUCUUCUUUCGUGUGUUGCCGAUUGGAACUUGGAGACGAAGUUGCUCGCGGUAACGCUUGACGAAACUUUCGCAAACAAAGCCGUAAGAAAGAAUGUACGGCAUUUGCUUUCCGUUAAAAACCCGUUAAUUCUUAACGGUAAGUUCUUGAUCGGAAGUUGUUACGCACGGGUUUUAUGCCAUCUUGCACAAGAUGCUUUAGGGGUGAUAUCGGAAACGGUUAAAAAAGUUCGUGAUAGUGUAAAGUAUGUGGUUACGGUUAAAUCUUGUCUCGACAGAUUUAACGAUCUUCGAAUACAACUUCAGGUACCGAGUGCGAAAAGUCUCGUACUUGACGACCAAAGUCAAUGGAACACGACGUAUCAUAUGCUAGUAGCUGCGUGUGAAUUAAAAGAAGUAUUUUCUUGUUUGGAUACUUUUGACUCAAAUUACCGAAUUAGUAUCACAUUGGACGAAUGGAAACACGUCGAAAUUCUUUGUACGUUCUUGAAACUUUUGCUCGAUGCAGCGGAUAUUUUAACGGGCCCCACGUAUCCAACCGCAAAUGCGUUUUUUCAUGAAGCGUGGAAGAUACAGCUCGAGCUUAGAAAUGCAUCGGUUAGUGACGAUGCGUUUAUCAGACAGUUGACCAGGUCAAUGUACGAAAGGUUUAACAAGUACUGGAAAGAUUGCUUUUUAGUGUUUUCGAUUGCGGUUGUGAUGGACCCGCGUUUUAAAAUGAAGCUUGUGGAGUUUAGUUUUACGAGAAUUUACGGUGAGGAUGCGGAUCACUGGAUUAUAGACGUGAGUAACGGUGUUCAUGAACUGUUUCUUGAUUACGUUGUACAGAUGCUUCCGCCACCGACGUUUGUCGUUAACGGAAAUGACGGUUUUCUAAAGCCGGAAAUCCGUCAAGAAGAAGAAGACGAAGAGACGAUUCUUCAUUGCGAAAUUGUGAAAACCGAGGCGGAUGAAAACGAAUUAUUUCUGUCAACAAGCGACGAGCUUUCGGAUUUCGAUGUAUACAUCUCAGGAAUUUCGAAUCACCAGAAUACAAAACUAGAACUCGACCAAUACUUAGAAGAAUCGGUGUUACCGCGUAUGCAAGAGUUCGACGUCUUGGGGUGGUGGAAAUCAAACCGAAAAAAGUAUCCAACUUUAUCGAAAAUGGCGUCCGACAUAUUAUCCAUUCCCGUUUCUACAAAGUUUCAAGAUUCGGUUUUCGAUAUGAAGUGUAAGAAGAUAGAUAGAUAUCGAUGUUCGUUAAAACCAUCGACCUUUGAAGCACUUGUAUGUGCAAAAGACUGGCUGCAAAACGGGAUAUCAGAUCAUUCAUCGGAUCUUUCACCCUCGAUUUCUCCAAAAUCGGUAGUGAAAACUCAUUUAUAGUCGUUUUAGACGUACAAUCACAAGGGUGUUUUGCAGGUACUUGUUAAAACUCGGAGUAACAGACGGAUUCUAAUUCUUUUUUUUAACUUGUUUUGUCGAAGAGAAGUAGGCAAUAAUCGUUUCCCUUGUGAGGAUUUUGUUAAACAGUAUUAGACUUGAAUUUGUGGUAUAAUCAUGUAAAUCAUUUGGGUUCUAUUUGCCUUGUUCUACCA